GCGAGAUGAGCACUGCAACCCCAGAGUCGUCCGCUAACAGUCAGGGGUCCCUUUACCUUUCAUGCUUUUACUUAGCAGUCAUUCAACUAUAAAUUAGCCCCUUUCAUAUAGGAGAUGCUGGAUCAGGCUGCCAUUAGGCGUCUCGGCAAGCCAUGCUCCUUCACCAUUUUAUAUUGCUUUGAUUCAUUGUAUUUUAUUGUGUGUUUUCUUUCAUAUUAAUAUUCUCUUCAUUGCUUGGGGGGGCUCUGCACACACAAAAGUAAACAGACCACAAUAUCACUUACAAAUGCAGGAGAUUUUUAUUAUUAUUGUGGGAUCACCUUAUCUCCUAUGUGCCCACUUAAGCACUGUUACUAGCUCCACAGAAUACUUGUUCCACACUUGCAAAUAGUCAAACUUUUACUGUGGCAGCACAUACACUUUGGAACUCCUUGCCAAUUGAAAUCAGGUGAGAAACCUUUGUGGUAUUCUUUUCGGUGCCUACUAAAAACAUUUUAGUGUCGGAAAGCUGAUGUGGGCAUGUUGAUGUUAACAUGUUUUAAUCUGUUGACUAUUAGUUUCAAUUAUCUUUAAAUGCUUUUGUUUUUAACUUUAAAAAAAAAUGGGGGGGGGAUGUAUUGUUUAGAGGUUUUAGCACAAUCAAGCAGUAUAUUAAUGAUGUUAAAUAAUACAUUUACACCUGUUUCCACCAUCAAUGGACAUGGUCCAUUGCAAUGUAUAAGGGGGAAAGUUUUUGCCCUCCCACCAGGAUUUAGAAGCUACAAUUCAGUACUAGAAGGAGAUGGUGGAAGGUGUUUGAGAAUUGUGCUGGGAUUUUAGGGCAAAUGCUGCUCUGCCUCUUGGAGCGUGCCUUAUUGUUCUCCCAUGCUCCUAAACCAAGGUACCUAAAAAUCAAUGGCAGCAAUGCUGAAAAAUAGGUCAGCUUGGGGCUUCCUGACUUCCAAGGCAGCCCGAGGCUUUCCCUGCCGGCCUUCCACCAGUUCUCUCACCUUGGCUGCCAGGCCCUGGUAGUAAACAACAGCUGCUUACCAACCUGACAGAGGAGAAUGCCAAGCUCAGCCUAAGGGACAAAGUCCCCUGAGAAUGGGAGGAGGAGAGCGAACACCUUUGGUUUAGCAGCACCAGCAAAGGAAGCAUCUUCCUGCCUAGGCUCUCUCUCUCUUCAUUUUCGACCAGUUCAGAUCCCGCUGCAAACCCACACUUGCUCACCAAUCUUAAGAAAGAAUAAGGGAGCAGAAGGAGAAUGCAUCAGACUUCUGGCAGGUGUGAAAAGCAACAUUGUUCAUGGAUGGAAUUGAGUUAGGAUGAGGCCAUACUGUCCACAUCUCCUGCUUUUCAAGGCAAGUCUCCUAGGUAGCAAAGAAGGCUGUGUUGCUGAUUGGGUCUCCCCAUGGCUGAGAAGGAGGUCCAGGGGCUGGAGGCCGAAUGCCCCAUCUGCUGGAACCCAUACGACAACACUUUCCGCACCCCCAAGGUCCUUCAGUGCCAACAUUCCUUCUGCAUUGAGUGCCUGGCUCAUCUCAGCUUGGUGUCCCUGGCUCAGAACCGCUUGCAGUGCCCACUCUGCCGCCACCCUACCGUCCUCCCCUCUGACCAGCCUGUCACUGAGCUGCCCACCAAUGAGGCCAUCCUGCGCCUGCUGCGCCUGGAGCCCAACCACAUCAUCCUGGAGGGCCGGCAACUGUGCUUGAAGGAGCAGCGCAAGAGCAGGUACUUCCUCCGCCAGCCCAGGGUCUACACCUUGGACCUGGGCCCAGUGACAGACCCCAGCAUUGACAGCUACCGUGAGCAAAGCCGCCCGGCAAGCACUACCACUGCCGCCACAACCCUGCCCAACCACCACCGCUCCCCAAUGUGGGCGUGUGCCUGCAAUCCCCAGCUCCGGAUUUUCACCUACUUGAUGGCUGUCAUCUUAAGUGUGACUUUACUACUCAUCUUCUCUAUCUUUUGGACCAGGCAGUUCUUUUGGGGGUGGGGGUGACAGGGACCAGCAGCCUCCUCAGGUGGAAGAUGCCGGGAGCAGGGUAGAGGUGGUUGACAAGCAGCAGCAAAGUGUUGGGAGGACUAGCUUGCGUGUGCCACACAACCUGCCUUGAGUUCUCUAAGUCAGCUCAAGUGUGCUGGAAGACAUCGCCCAGAAUUAUGAUUUAAUACUCAAAGCUCUGUCAGAUUCUGCCUAUCGAACGAGAGAGAGGCUGCCAAUUGUCGUUCGCCCCAGACAGCAAAAUGGUUUGGACUGCCAGUGGGUCCCAGGACUUUACCUUGAGGGUUACUUGUGAGCUUUAAAAUAAGGAUGCGGAUGAGGACAUGACAGGGCAGUGGGAGCAUUUCAACAAACUCACUGCUUCUUAAGUUGGCUAAAGUGGGUAAGAGGGUGAAAAUGGAUAAUGGGAACAUAGAAGGUGUGGAGAGGAGAGCUUUUCUCAUUCCAGAUGUUGCUGAACUACAAUUCCCAUCAUCUCUGGUCAUGAUGGGAGCUGUAACAACCACGUCUGGAGGACCCAAGCUUCCCCAUACUUGGAGUAAAAGGACAUAGGAAUCUGCCUUAAGUCAAGCCAUUGGUCCAUCUAGCUCCAUAUUGUCUACACUGAGUGGCAGCUCUCCAGGGUUUCAGGCAGUGGCC